GUUGCAUUUUGAGAUGAAGGAAUUCCUCCUCCAUUACCAGAAGAUUCUUGAAAUUCACUAGAAUCACUGCACCGUCUCGUUUCCACGUCCGCACUGCAAAAUAAAAUAAUUCACACACACAUAUUAGAAAAAGAAAGUGAAGAGAUUAAUUUCGCGCAGUCAGUGUGAGAUAUCAUAGGAAGACGAACGCCUUUUUUUCUAAGGAGUAAAACUAGUUGACAAAAAAUUGCCCUAAAAAGAGAAAAUAAAAAAUUCUUUUUUUUCCUUUCCCCCCGGAUGUAAACUGUAAUCAAUUCUACAAGUGUGACGGUAAAGAGAGAGAGAAAAAGAGAGUCUUGAGAAUAGAAUCCCAGGCUGAUUCAAGUACCAAUUGAUCUUUUCGUAAUGAUUCAUUGCCAUUCAAAGUAACCGAUGUGAUUAAAGAGAUUCAAGGCCGAUCUUCAUUUUCAAAGAUCAUAAAGCGACAGAGUGGGUUUUAUUUUUGUACAUAUCAGAACUGCCGGUGAUAGAGUCAAGAGAGACUAUUUCGAAAAAGAGAAAAAAAAAUUAUAUUUAUGGAGUUUUAUACCACUGAGAGGAAAGAAAAGAAAUCAGUUAAUACAAUCAUAUUAACUUUGAAAGAUUAAAGAAGCAUGAACUUUGGCAUCAAUCGAAUUUAUUACUAACCUUUUUAAUUUAAUUUAAUUAAUUUAUUUUUUUUAAUAUGACGGAAGAGACUGCAAGAAUGUUAAAUGGUAAAUUAAUGACGGAUGCUGUGACAUCCGUUGAAGAACCCACGGAACUAAGUCAUCUAACAAAAUCAAUAAUUUCUUCGGUGCUUGAAAAAAAUACAAUUGUUGUUGAAUAUGGUGGAGUGACAAAAACAAAUAUAUUGACUGCACCCAAACAGGAGGGGAAAAAGUUGUUUCAAUUUCUGGCUACUCUAGUCGCUGGUCUGACGGUUAGCCAGAGUGGAAUGGCCUUGGCCUGGUCAUCGCCAACAAUAAGAUAUUUAAAUUCCACGGAUUCGUUCCUCGUCAACAUGACAGACAGCGAAUGUUCCUGGGUAUCAUCUCUAAUGCCACUUGGAGCAAUGAUAGGUUCAAUACCAGCCGGUACUUUAGCUAAUUUAUAUGGAAGGCGACUCGCCAUUGGAAUAACAACAACACCGUGUCUAAUUUCCUGGAUAAUAUUGAUAUUCGGCAGGUCAUUACCCUGGCUCUAUCUCGGAAGGCUAAUGGGCGGCAUUGGUUCUGGUGCAGCCGGUGUUCUUGUACCAGUUUACAUUGGCGAAAUAGCAGAACCAUCAUUACGUGGAGCAAUGGGGACAUUUUUUCCCUUCUUCUUCUCCCUGGGAAUUGUAUUUUCAUACACGGCUGGGGCAUAUCUAGAGUAUCAAACUUUCAACAUUGCUUGUUGUCUGAGUUUGGUACCAUUUCUCGCGUGUAUUUCAUUGAUGCCAGAAGCACCAAUGUGGCUACUGGGACAAGGACGAAAAUUGGAGGCAAUAGCAGUUUUAAAAAUUCUACGUGGGAAAAAGUAUGAUGUGAAUCAGGAAGUUGCACAGAUUCUUGAAGACAUUGAAGAGGCGAAAAAUAGAAAGGGAGGAAUUCGUGAUUUAAUUGGAACUCUUGCUGGUAGAAGAGCUUUACGAUCAUGUUUGGGUUUAAUGUGGUUUCAACAAAUGUGUGGUAUCGACGCUGUUUUAUUCUACACAGUCACUAUAUUCGUGGACGCUGGUAGUACCAUUGACCCUUAUCUGGCGACAAUUGUCAUUGGCUUAAUCGAAGUCAUUAUGGCCAUAAUUGUCGGUAUAACGAUAGACAGAUUUGGAAGAAAACCUCUGCUCAUCGUAUCUGGCUUUGCUAUGACAGUUUGGAUCGGAAUAUUAAGUUACUAUUUCAAACUAAAGGAGGAUGGAGUCGACUUAUCGUCCAUUGGAUGGUUACCACUACUCUGCCUUGGGUCAUUCAAUUUCGUCUUUUCUGUGGGUUAUGGUUCCGUGCCCUAUGCAAUGGUCGGCGAACUAUUUCCUCAAAAAUCAAGAGCAAUAGCGAGCAGCAUAUCAUUUGUGACCAAUUGGUUCCUUGUUUUUAUUGUCACUAAAUUUUUUCACGCACUUGCUCAAUUAAUUGGUCAGUCAAACACUUUUUGGUUCUUCUGUAGUCAAUGUUUUUUGUCAACAUUGUUCGCAUUUUUCUUUGUUCCCGAAACAAAAGGAAAGACAUUGCACGAAAUUCAAAUGAAACUAGCGGGAAACAUAGCCGCGAAGAGUGUUUCCGAUUGCGAUGAUGAUGAUGAUGGUGAUUCACAAAAGAAACAAAUAUCUAGCAGUUCUUGUUGAAUAUAGAAUUUUUUUUAUUAAAGUGCAAAUAUUGAAAAAAUAAUAGGAUAUGUCUUAAGUAUUGCAUGUGAUUUUAGCUUCUAGAACAGAAUCAGUGACCCACUUCACCACCUGUGAGAGAUUUCACUGAUUCUGUUUUUCGAUAAUAGUAUGAGAAUUGUAUAAUUAAGAUUGUAUUUCGGUUAUCAAAAGAGAUAAAUAUGGCUGUGUAGAAUGAGAGAGAAUAUAUAUUAUAUACAUUCAUAGGUCAAUUGAAAUAAUCGGAAGACAAUGUUUGAUAAAGUUAAUACAACGCGUUCUUAACAGAUAAAAAAAAUGCGUCGAGAAACGAAAAUAUAAAAACGUUAAUUGUAACUGUAAAUCUCAUCACUUAUAAUUUUAGUAGCUCCCUAACAGGAAAUUUUAUAAAAAUUUAACCACUACCUAGUUUUCAAAGAAAAAUUUUUUAACAAAAAGUUAAAAAGAAAAAAAAUUUAAAACAGUCAACAAAAGAUUACUUGACAGCAAAAUUAUGAUUGUUUACGUUUGGAUUUCAAACUCCAACAGUUCGUAAAUUUAUUUUUUUCUUACGGAAAAUCACCUAUGAGAAAUUUACGUUAAAUUGUCUUUAACGAAGUUUGACUGCAUGUUAAGAUAUUAUUUAUAAAUUAGAUCUAAAAUAUAAAAUGUAUAUUAAAUAAAUUAGACCUUUUCUCGUAGAGAAUAGAAAAAGCAGUAAAUUAAGUUAUGUAUUUUGAAAUAUUUUCCUAUAUAUAAAUAUAUAUAUAUAAUAAAAAAACGCAAUACUUGUGUAUGUAGAACUGUAUAGUAAAUUAUCUGCAAAUUAAAGUUGUUAUAAUUUCGAAAAUAAUUUCAUUUCUUAUUGUAGUUUUUGCUGAAAUAUUUAAAAAUAGGUAACUUUCUUCAUUUGUAAAUUAUAAUGCUUAUAAUGCUCAAUUGUAUAGUAAUAUUUAAAAGACGUGAAUAAAUAUAUUUUACGAUAUCAAUGGAAAUUUUUCAAUUUCAAUCGCGAUGUUUGUAAAUCUAACUCGUUGAAUUCUUAUCAUUUAAUGAAAUAUGUAACACUGAAGUUGGUAAACAGUGCAUAUAACGGGUUCAAUGACAAAUUUCUAUCGUGUUCUUAUAACUGCACCUUCGAUACAUGUAUACAAUUUUCACAGAAAGCGGGACUUUCUUCUAUCAGUAUCAACUUAUUUCGAUAUUACAUCUUUAGCUUGACGUGACACAUAAUUAAGUUAACUCGAAAUGAUCUACUUAGUGUCGACUCCUCUCACUUAUUUCUCUGUAAGGCUUUACCAGGUAUUCAUUACACUAAAGUGGAAGAAAAUAUGCUUAAAGAAAAAUAGGCACCUUAGAAAAUUCGCUUUUCUGUUCUUUUUUACAAAAAAGUAUAGAGCAACAUGUAAUCAUUGAAUAAGAAAACGGAAAUUUAAAAAACAAAUAGUAAAAAUCAAAAAGCAAGAUAUAAAGGAAUGAAACACAACAACUGUGUAAAAGAUAAUGGAUUUGAAUAAUAUUAUAAUCACAUUGAAAAAAUCGUCUGUUUGUUCUUAUUUUCCAAAAGCUGGAGCAACAAGUUGUCGUUGAAUAAAAGAUAUUUAAAAAUAAUAAACUAGAAAUCAAAGACAAAAAAUAAAAAAAUAAACUAUUGAAACAAACUACGUUUUGUAGUAGAUGAUGCAUUUAAUUAUUGUCAUAAGCACCUAGAAAAAUUUGCAUUUUUGUUAUUUAUUCUAGAAGCAGGAGCAACAUCUUAUGUCAUGGAGUAAAGGAACUUAAAUUUUAAGUUAUAAUAAACUAGAAAUCAAAAGAUAAAUUCAAAAACUUAAAAUCAA